ACUCAGAGACAGCCUUCUUCUGUGGCCGAUUAGGGUUUUUAUCCUCCUUCCUUCUCAAACCCCUCUGUUCUUUGUACCCUCAAUAAUCAAGCACAAAGCUUCACUACAAUGGCGGAUUACGAUCUAACUCCACGAAUUGCGCCGAAUCUGGACCGUCAUCUUGUUUUCCCUCUCCUUGAGUUCCUCCAAGAGAGGCAGCUUUACCCCGAUGAGCAGAUCCUCAAGGCCAAAAUCGAGCUUCUCAAUAAGACCAAUAUGGUUGAUUACGCCAUGGACAUCCACAAGUCACUCUACCACACUGACGAUGUUCCUCAAGAUAUGGUGGACAGAAGGGCGGAAGUGGUGGCGAGGCUUAAGGCUUUGGAGGAGUCUGCAGCGCCACUUGUUGCUUUUUUGCAGAAUCCGGCUGCGGUUCAGGAACUGAGGGCUGAUAAGCAGUACAAUCUUCAAAUGCUCAAUGAUCGUUAUCAGAUUGGUCCAGAUCAAAUAGAAGCAUUGUAUCAAUAUGCCAAAUUCCAGUUCGAGUGUGGGAACUACUCUGGUGCUGCUGACUAUCUCUAUCAGUACAGAGCCUUAUGCACAAACAGUGAAAGGAGCCUGAGUGCUCUAUGGGGAAAAUUGGCAGCUGAGGUUUUAAUGCAGAACUGGGAUAUUGCUGUUGAAGAGCUUAAUCGUUUGAAGGAAAUUAUCGACUCUAAGAACUUUUCGUCACCUAUGAAUCAAGUGCAAAGCAGAAUAUGGUUGAUGCAUUGGAGCCUCUUCAUCUUUUUCAAUCACGACAAUGGAAGAACACAGAUAAUUGACUUGUUUAAUCAAGAUAAGUAUUUAAAUGCCAUUCAAACCAAUGCUCCGCAUCUUUUACGCUAUUUGGCCACUGCAUUCAUCGUUAACAAAAGACGGAGGCCACAGUUCAAAGAUUUUAUCAAAGUUAUUCAGCAAGAACAGAAUUCCUAUAAGGAUCCCAUCACAGAGUUUUUGACUUGUGUCUAUGUCAAUUAUGAUUUUGAUGGGGCACAAAAGAAGAUGAGAGAGUGUGAAGAGGUUAUCUUGAAUGACCCUUUCCUAGGAAAGAGGCUUGAAGAAGGCAACCUUUCUACUGUCCCUUUGAGAGAUGAGUUUUUGGAAAAUGCUCGCCUUUUCAUCUUUGAGACUUACUGCAGAAUACAUCAGCGCAUUGAUAUGAAUGUCCUUGCCGAGAAGUUGAACUUAAAUUACGAGGAUGCGGAGAGAUGGAUCGUUAAUCUUGUUCGGACCUCAAAGCUCGAUGCGAAGAUUGAUUCCAAGACAGGAACGGUUAUAAUGGAACCGAACCAGCCCAACGUAUAUGAAGAACUGAUAGACCACACAAAAUCAUUAUCUGGGCGUACUUACAAGUUAGUCACUCAGCUUCUAGAGCAUGCACAGGCUCAGGCAACUAGAUAAAUUUUAGGUGUUUGGCCUUUUUUUUAUUUUUGUUAUAUCUAUAUUUUCUGAACCACUCAUCUGACAACAAACAGCAGAGAAUCAGAGAGCAAUAUUUCCAUAUUUGAUUCCUUGAUUUUAAGGAAAUGAUAUGUAACGCUCCAUAAUUUUUGGUUAUUUUUUUUUUUGUUUAAAUGUAGAAUUAUGAAUUGAUAACCUUGUUCCUUCCAA